AACAAGUUAGUAAUGGUCAAUCAGAAACUCCAAAUUUUGGUACAGUAGUUAAAGGCAGGCCUCAACCUUCAUCCCAGAAUCAACUUGAUUUACUAACUUACGUCGCAAAUUAUACUGGACUUCAAUUAUUCACUAAUCCUUCAUCUCCAAAUUCAUCUCAUUAUACCGAUCUUUCUGUGGUGCAUCCGCAUGAUAAAGAAAUAAAAUUUAGUAUAUCGGUUAGCUUUACUUCUGGUAUUGAUCCGAUAUCUAUCACUCCGUCUCCUUUAAAUCCGGGAUAUAGCGUUGUUGCAACAGUGAAUACUGCCAAGCCGACGGCUACGCAUAGUGAAUCACCAAAUUUUAUUGCCAGUGGUAGCGAUGUCGGUGGAGUAUGGUUGGUUUGA